AGAGAGUGAGACACGCCCGACGAAAGUCAGUCUGCGGGCAGGUUUCUUCCUAUUCACCUGUUUUCACGGAUCCGACGCGGUGGACGCUACUUUUUUGUUCUUUAAGAUUGACCAGUGUCUUAUUUUCGAAUAUGUUAAUGAAGAUCUCCUUUCUGGUUUUCUUUUCUCCUGUCCGGAUAAUAUUUUUUUGAACAAUUCAUUUGUUUUUUCCCCGUGAACCUUUUUGUGUACCGUACCUGUCCUGCAAGUCACAUGUAGUCUACUAAAUAAACCGCAAAGCUGUACCUGAACAUUAGGACCGGGACUCUGGAUUUAUCUACAUUUCUGUACAAUUCGGAGAAAGAAAACAUCGCUUCAUUCAAAAAGCAAGAGGACUUCAUCUGUUUUCUCUUUUAGCCGUAAUUUUCCACUCCUUUAGUGUAUACACCAUUUAACAUGGAUCCACUGGAGUCUGGAAUGCGAUAUAGUCCCAGGUGUCCGGACGACUGGGACACGUCCGUCCAGUUCCUGCCUGCCUCUGAUUCCAAGGCCCUGGAGAAGAAGGGCUCUGUGAGGAAAGGCGUCUUUGUUGCCCUGGCUGUGUUUCUGCUGGCGGUCUGCGUUAUGAUAGGCGUCCUAGUGUGGCAUUUUCGCUACCGACAUGCAACAAAGACCAAGUUAAUAUACAGUGGCUCCAUGAGGAUCUCCAACCAGCCCUUCCUGGAUAACUAUGAAAAUUCUGAAAGUCAAGACUUCAAGGAUCUGGCGGAAAAGGUGUUACAGCAUCUCAGUGCCGUCUACUCCAAAUCGUCACAGCUCUCCCCUUAUUAUGUUAAUUCCAAAGUACAAGCCUUCAGUGAAGGAGACUCGCAGAGCGUGAUCACCUACUAUUUGUCGGAGUUCUUCAUGCCGAGUGAGCAGAAAUCCGCAAUGGAUAAAGCCAUGGCCAACAUGACCCAGCAGGGCCGUUUGUUGCGAAGACCCAACAAUCCCUCCUUCUAUGUCGACGACAUAGUGUCUGGAGCUGUGGACUCACGCAUGUUGCGGUCAUCACUAGCAGUCCGGCAGUCCUUCGCCCUCCACUGCCAGACUGGUUCAGCAGUCACCUUGCAGUCUCCGGGCUUCCCCAACUCGCCGUACAGCCCCAACACCUACACCGAGUGGCUGCUACGAGCCGACCCGGGCCACCGAGUCAAGCUGCAAUUUGACACCUUUAACCUGGAGAAUGACUGUGGGAAGGACUUCAUCAGGGUGUACGAUUCCCUGGUUGCCCUCGAACAGAAGAUUAUGGCAGAGAAAUGUGGGGUUUAUCCACCUAAUGAGCCCCUGUCCUUCGUUUCCUCGGGGAACGUCAUGCUGCUUACUUUGGUCACCAACGAAGAGAAGAACUUCCCUGGCUUCAGAGCACGUGUCACGCAGAUACCUCAGAAAAUAGAGUGUGGUGGAACUCUGACGGGGCUUAAGGGGACCUUCACGUCUCCGGAUUUCCCAUCGUACUACCCACCCCUGCUCCGGUGUGUGUGGAACAUACAGGUCCCCACAGGGAAAUAUGUCAAGGUGCAAUUCAAAAAGUUCUUGAUGUCUGAGCCAGGACAAAAUAUCAAUGUUUGCCGUAAGGACUAUGUGCAGGUUAACACAACCAAAUUGUGUGGAGAACGGUCUCCAAGCACUGUGGUGUCCGUGAAGUCCAACAAGAUGGAAGUCAUUUUUGACUCGGACAUGUCUUACGUGGACCGCGGCUUCUCUGCCGAGUUCCAGGCCUACGAGCCCAGCGACCCCUGCCCUGAAAAAUUCCAGUGCAGAAAUGACAUGUGCAUUAAUCCCGCCCUGAAAUGCGAUGGCUGGAAUGACUGUGGCGACAACAGUGACGAGAAGAACUGUGUGGAAUGCGGCGAGACGCAGAUCAAGUGUAAAAACGGUUUCUGCAAGCCCAAGUUCUGGCAGUGCGAUGGCGUGGACGACUGUGGGGACAUGAGCGAUGAAGAAUCCUGUGGACAGUGCAAAUCUAAGGCGGAAUUCUUGUGCAACAAUACAAAAUGCAUUCCUGAGAACAAAAAAUGCAACGGUUAUGAUGACUGCGGCGACGGCUCGGACGAGAAGGGCUGCACCAGAGUGGUGGCAUGCACUGACACGUCCUACAAGUGCAAGAACAGCCAGUGCAUCAGCAAGGCGAAUCCCGAAUGCGACGGCGAGAAGGACUGUGAUGACGGCUCUGAUGAAGUAGACUGUGAGUGCGGCGUCCGGCCCUACAAGAGCUCGCGCAUCGUGGGGGGGCAGGCAGCCGUGGAGGGCGAGUGGCCCUGGCAGGUCAGCCUGCACAUCAAAAAUGUGGGACACGUGUGUGGAGCGUCAGUCAUCAACAACCGCUGGCUGGUCACUGCCGCACACUGCGUGCAGGAUGACAAGGAGAUCAAGUACUCCCAGCCCCAGCACUGGGAGGCCUACCUGGGGCUGCACAUCCAGGGUAAGAUAACCGACAAAACCGCGAAGAGGAACCUGAAGCGGAUCAUCCCGCACCCCUAUUACAACGAGUACACUUACGACAACGACAUCGCGCUCAUGGAGCUGGACAGUCCGGUGACUCUCACCCAGAGCAUCUGGCCUAUCUGCCUGCCCUCGGAGACGCACGAAUUCGAGGUUGGCAGCAGCGUCUGGAUCACCGGCUGGGGUGCCACGAGAGAGGGGGGCUCCAGCGCCACAACCUUGCAGAAGGCCGAAGUCCGGAUCAUCAACCAGACCGUGUGCAACCAGCUGAUGAGCAACCAGAUCACUUCGCGGAUGCUGUGUGCCGGCGUGCUGAGUGGGGGGGUGGAUGCCUGCCAGGGAGACUCCGGGGGCCCAAUGUCAGCAUAUGGCGCCAACAGGCGCUUGUUCCUGGCGGGGGUGGUGAGCUGGGGAGACGGCUGCGCCCGCAGGGACAAGCCGGGAAUAUACACGCGGGUCACGAAAUUCCGCAGCUGGAUCAAGGAGAAAUCGGGAGUAUAGCACGAACAAUAGACUCGAGCGGGAGGGAGGGAGGGCAGGCUGGAGUACCUGAAUGCAGAACUGCAGCGCUUGUGAGGAAACACUCCACCUUUGGACUCUCCACGCAGCCCAGAAGCAGAGGGGCCUUCAGGGGUCAGCCGUCGUAUCCUAGCCCCCCCCCACAGCAUUGUGCACAAUAAUCCCAUGCAUCGCAAUUUCCCUGUUUUUCUCCCUUCCAAAGUGUGUAUGCGUGUGUGUGUUUUUUAUUCGAAACCUACCGCAUUUGAACAGUGAACUUUUUUUAACUGCUUCACACUAUUUUGUUUAUUUUUUAUUACUUCAUGGUGUAAUCGGUUAAAGUAAUGAAAGUGGGUACACUGGUGAUCACUUAUUAAAUUGUCAACUAAGUACCCAUCCCAAGAGACUUUUAAUUAAUCACUGUUAAUAAAGUUCAGGUUAUGCAGCUGCAGUUGAGUCUUGUUACUGAGACAGUGAAAUCAUCUCACUGUGGCAGAGAAGCAGUUACCUUCCAUGCUUAUAAGGUAGGGAGGUUCCGCUAUGAAAUAUCAUACUUCCUUACUCAUCUUAUGUGUUUGUUGCUCUGUUGUCUUUCAUCGCUGAGUUUGCACCAUGUUUGUGGUAUCUGCAUGAAUGUGUGUUUUACUAAAUAUGAUGUCCUCAUGUACUCAAUUAAAAUAACUUCAUGGGUCAGCGCAUGAAAUACAAUGUCUCUCUUUAAAGGAGAUGAAGUUGUGUUUAAGCAUGACAUGAGAUUAAUCCCUUUUUUUUUUUAAUUCCAUGGAUUUUCAGAGUCAGAAAUGUCAAGGUUUCUUUUGUUUUUUAGGGAUUAAUGUUUCAUUUAGUAUUCAGUGGUUAAAUGUUAAGUUUGUAUUUUACACUAACGUGGCGCCGGCCAACGUUUCUGUAUGGCCAAUUAAAGCAGACGGUCUAGAAAGGAAUAACAAAAGACAAGAAAUAACGUCUACAUUAUUCAGCUGGUACUGCCACAAGGUGUGGACCUGUCACUAUGGAAACAUCCAGCAGCAGUUACGCAAUAGCAGACACAACCCUCAGUCGACUAUUGUUUGAGAAAUUCUGCUCUCUCUGCCUGUAAUUUGAUCUCCACACCAGUGCAAGAAAGGCCUAGUGAGAGAAUCGGUGUAAUUAAGUGCCAUUGUGUCCCAACAAUGUGCCCUUAGAGCUCCUUUUCAAUAGCCUGUCACCUCGUAGGCCUCACAGAAUGUCACUCCUCGAAAAAGUUAACUUAAUGGCAACUUUUGGUCUAAGCCUUUUUUAUGUUGCUUUUAUUUGUUAAGUAAAUUCAUCUGUGGAUUUUAAUGUUUAACUCUUACCGACUCAUGUUUGCGCCUUUACUGUGGUCUGCCUAAGAAGUAAAAUUCCUGUUUUUGUCUCUUGUGCUUAUGUUGUAUUUAUUUUUCGUCUGGUUUUGUGAGUUUUUUUUUUCAGAACACAAUUCAACCCUUUCAGGAAUUUGUCCUUGACUACAGGAAUAAUCAUCUAGGAUAUUUUUCAGUUCCUUAUAUUUUGAAUAAUUUUCUGCUGUUUGAAAUUAGACUAUACUGUACUUUCAUCUAUAAUGCUGUGUAGAGAUUCCAUUUUGUUGGUCAACAGUUAGUGAUUUACUGUUUAAAUAUGUAUGUUAUGUAUAUCGGUGUUGCUUACUCCUCCCACUCGCUGGCUGCUUGGCGUCCUGUCCCAUUCCAGCUCUCCCCUUUAUAUUUUAUUUGUUCAAAUAAUUAAACUGAAUGUGUUAUUUGAGGUAAGCUUGUUUUGAAAUAGAACUAUGGAAGAACGUUCAUUAUGUUGUGUAGUCUUUGAUUACAUUGAUUCUUAGUCCACAAACAAUUAAGCAGGAUAUAACUCUUUCAACUAAAUUAAAGUUAUGAUUUAGACAAAGCAUAAAAAUAGUUACGAUUUUUAAAAUGAUUUAUACCUAACCUCUAAUACCUCAAAUAGCAACUCCAUAACUUAGUGACAGCUCCCUAAAAACAAAAAAGAUUCAUUAUUGCUGCAAAAAAAAUGGUAUGUCAUGCAGACAGUGGUGAAGCCAAGGUUUGGCAAGCACCGAUAUAUAAAUGCACAGAUAUGUAUAUCAUUCAUUUUCUUUUUACUUUUUGUGAAAUAUGUAAAUUGUUUAUCUAUGUUUAAUGCUACACUCUUAGUAUAGGUUAUGUUUAUGUGCAUAUGCCUAUGGAGUUACCUCAGCAAAUGAAAUACAUGCUUCCAGAAACCACUGAACAUUUGUGCACAUCAUAUCAUCAGUUUGUGACAAAAAACAAUUUAAAAAUUGGACAAUAGCCGCCCCAAAAAGACAUAUAUUUAAAGGAUGUUGAGUUUUCAUAUCUCUUCUGUCUUAAUUGCUGUAAUCCAUUUUGCAUGCUCAGACGAUUAAAUUUAACCAGAAUGUCCAUUUUCUCUGUAGGAGGUAAGUUCAGACUCUUGACUGCAUUUUGGAAUAAAGAUCGCCAUUCCGUGUAACUUUCGGGACAGUCGUUAAAUGUUAAAAAAAAAAAAAAAAAACCAAUAGAGACUGGUUCUCUUCAGGAUGUGUAACCCAAAAUCCCCCCUGCUUUGGUUAUCAUAAGGUAGGGUAGGCUCUCGACUAGCACGACCUAAGUUUAACACUGGAGACUGCUAUCUCUUUGGAUUGGAAGUGCUGAUUUGUCUAAUCUCAUCCUGCUUGUUUUGUGGUUUAGGAUUAAAGCUGUCUGCUCAGUUUUACGGGUACAUAUAUGCAUAUACAGCUGUCCACAGACCUCUUUAUUAUAAGUGUGUAUGAGUACAUAUUGUAGAGUACGUCGUAGAACCUGCUACUCCUGUACUGAGGACGAGGUUGGUGUUCCCACAAUGUGCCUUAUUUCAGCAGGGCUCUGCAGAUGCCCAGGUGUUUUGCAGCCCUCUAUCUUUUCAUUUGCAUAGAGAUUUUAAAUAAAGAUGAAGUGAACUUUC